UUGUGAAUUCUUCAUUAGCCUCUAAAUACUUAAUAAAACCUUAAAGAAUGAAGUUUAUUCUCGUUUUGGCUCUCUUCAUAGCUUUUACUGCUGUCAUCAGUGCUCAAGAUAGCAAUUCCAUUGAAGAUGAUUGGGACGUACCAGCCAUCAGAUAUGGUUACCGCUACAAUGUACGGGAUCCAAAGAGUGGAAGUCUGAGAGGAGGAUGGAUAACUGGAGGUCCAGGUCAGCUUGGACUUGGUUACUACAGUGGCAUAAGACCAAGGUUUGGUUCCGGACGUCCUGGACUUUACGCCAAUUCCGGAUCUUACGGAGGACGCUACGGCCGAUACCGUGGAAAUUACUUCUAAAUUUCAAGACAUCAUAGUUAUAAAAAAAAGUAUCUUACCUAAAAUUUGUGAUCAGCGGCCUCGUAUUUCCAAUGUUUCCUGAUUUUUUU